UCACGACGGAAUCUUGAAGAUUCCGAGUUUGCCUUACCCCGCAAGAUCCCGGCAUUUAUAGAGUCCACCCUGCCCAGAUCGAGAACCAUAUUCUCGAAAUCAUUUCCAUUUGCCAAUAUGGAAGACUCGAAAGAGUCCAUAUCACUUGCGCUUAGUGAGAACCCAGUCGCUUCGCGCGACCCUCGCUUCGAAGUGACAUGGAAGAGCGAAGAGGGACAAAAUCCGCGAACAUGGCCGGUCUGGUAUAGAAGCUUCAUUGUUGCUUCCAUGUCAUUUUCAACGACAAUAAUAGCUCUUCAAGAAACCAAGCAUAUACUGACCCAUCGGAUGACUAGUGUCAUCUAUACGACAAUGUACACCUCAGGUAUCGAGGGGAUGCAGGAAGCAUUUAACAUCUCAUCCGAAAUCGUCGUGCUUCUGGGUCUCACGACGAAUCUCUUUGGCCUGGCGAUCGGCUCUGUCGUGUUGUCUUCACUAUCUGAAAUUUAUGGUCGACGCCCUGUUUAUCUGGUAUCGGUCCUGCUGUUCGGCAUCUUGAUUCUACCAGUGGCUCUCGCGCAGAACAUUGAAGCCGUAUUAAUUAGCCGAUUCUUCGGUGGCUUCUUCGGGGGUGUCAUGAUUUCAAGUGCACCUGGAAGUGUAACUGAUGUGACUGAUGAUCGGUAUCGCGCCCUUGCUCUGAGCUGCUGGAGUCUUGGGACAAUGAAUGGCCCCGUCCUAGGUCCUAUUAUCGGAGGUUUUGUUUACCAAUAUCUGGGUUGGCGAUGGAUUAACUGGCUUGUACUAAUCUGCACUGGGCUGUCAUUGUCAUUGAUGUUCAUUGUCAAAGAAACCUACGCCCCAGCUCUGUUGCGAAAAAGGACCGAGAAAUUGAAACAGGAAACAGGUGACUUAAGAUUAUGGUGCCGAUAUGAUCAUGAGGAGUCCGGUUUUCAAAUGCUUAAAACAAACUUGAUUCGGCCUGUUCGUAUGAUUGUUUCAGAGCCAAUUUGUGUAUUCUGGAAUCUCUAUGUCGGUAUUGUCUACGCCGUGCUUUUCCUCUGCUUCGUGGCAUAUCCAAUAGUCUUCCAGCAGCAUCGCGGCUGGUCCCCAGGAUUUGCAGGUCUCAGCUACUGUGGCAUUGGAGUCGGAACGGCAAUUGCGGUCAUGUUGGAGCCCUUAAUUCGGCGAAUAAUCGCCAUGCACCCUAAAGACCCGCGCACAGGACGACCGGCUCCAGAGGCAGCCGUAAUCGCAGUCUGCAUAGGGGGCGUCUUGAUCCCUAUCGGGGAGCUUUGGUUUGCGUGGUCCGCAAAGCCUACUAUUCACUGGAUCUGCCCAAUAAUGGCUGGUCUGCCAUUCGGCCUUGGAAACGGUCUGACCUUUAUCUAUGCAACGAACUAUCUCGCGGGAAGCUACACAGUUUAUGCCGCUUCAGCCUUGGCUGGAAACUCUAUCAUCCGUUACGGGCUUGCCGGAGUGCUUCCUCUUGCCGGCGCCAAGAUGUAUGUCACUUUGGGAGCUAAUUGGGCUGGAACAAUGCUGGCUCUUAUUGAACUCGUCCUUAUCCCAAUCCCGUUUUUCUUCUACAAAUAUGGCCAUAAAAUCAGACUGAGAAGCCCCAUGAUUGUGAAGGGGGUCAUCAGUAAUCAUUAA